CGUCAUUCUGUCAGUUUCCGUCGCGAGAUUCGGGUGUACGGAAAAUUUCUCGUCUCGUCGGCUAUUUUUUUUCAGUCAAAAAAAUGCGUUGAAAGUGAAAAUUUUGUGAUUGCAAAACACAUUAAAAUUGUUGAUCAAAAGUGCCUUAACAUUUGCAAUAAAGUUUUUCGAAACGGAGUGAACUGCGUGAGCGAUUAUCGAUAAUCGCCAGUCAUGAUAGCAAUUAGUGAACGAAGUCGAGCGCUUCUCACGCUUCCCACACUACUGCUACUAGUGAUAGCGACCGUCCUUUGUGUGACGCUUGUGGCCGCCCAGUCCUCGUCACAGUUGACCUGCCCGGGUAAAACGACCUGUCGGGAAUGUAUCCAGACCAGCAAUUGCCGCUGGUGUACGCAGGCUAACUUCAGUAAACCACGAUGCCAUGGACACGAUAUCGGUUAUUGUCCGGAGGAAUAUACGGUUGACCCCAGCAAUGAGGCCAUCACACUGGUAGCGAGGGAACUGAGCAAACCUUCGAAGGGAGGCGUGGCCAUCGCCGGAGGAGACUAUGAAGCGGAAAUGUCCGGCAGCAGUAGUUCGCAUUGGUCUUCCUCCUCGUCGUCGUCGUCGCAUUCCAGUUCUUCACAUUCUUCGUCCGGAAGUAUGAGUGCCAGCGGGCACAACAUUGUGCAGAUUUAUCCGCAGAGGGUGCAGCUGAAGUUGAGACUAAACGAAGUGUACCGAUUGGGCGUCAAGUAUUCCCAAGCGGAGGAUUAUCCGGUCGAUUUGUACUACCUGAUGGAUCUGUCAAAGUCCAUGGAAGACGACAAGGAAAAGCUGUCCACACUUGGUGCAUUGCUGGCCGAUGAGAUGCGUAGCAUCACGUCCAAUUUUCGUCUGGGAUUCGGAUCAUUUGUGGACAAGGUGCUGAUGCCCUACGUUUCGACGGUUCCGAAGAAACUGGUCAAUCCGUGUGACCGCUGCGAGGCUCCGUACGGGUACAAGAACCACAUGUCGCUGAACGUGGAUACGGAUCGGUUUUCCGAAGAGGUUCAACGUGCGGCAGUAUCGGGUAACUUGGAUGCUCCGGAGGGUGGUUUCGAUGCGAUCAUGCAAGCCGUAGUGUGCCGUGAACAGAUCGGUUGGCGGGAGAAAGCCCGUCGUCUGUUGGUGUUCUCGACGGAUGCCGGAUUCCAUUAUGCCGGUGACGGCAAGCUGGGCGGUGUGAUUACUCCGAACGACGGUGAAUGUCACCUGGAUAAGACGGGUCGCUAUACACAUUCCACGAUCCAUGACUAUCCGAGCAUUUCGCAGAUCAACCUGAAGGUGAAACAGAACGCCAUUAACGUCAUAUUUGCGGUGACGCAAAAUGAGUUGUCGGUUUACGAGCGGUUGUCCAAGUUGGUGGAGGGUUCAUCGGCGGCUAUGUUGUCCAAUGAUUCAUCCAACAUAGUGUCGCUUGUGCGUGAUGAGUAUAAUAAAAUCUCAUCCUCGGUCGAGAUGAAGGACAAUCGGACGGACAGUUUGAUCGAUGUUAAGUACUACUCGCGGUGUUUAGGAAAUGGACCUCUGGUGCAGACCAGCAAAUGUGACGGUCUCAAGGUCGGUGACAUAGUUCAGUUUGAGGCUCAUAUUACCCUGCUGAAAUGUCCGGAAAAUCCACGCGACUGGAAUCAGGUGCUGCAGAUCUACCCGGUUGGUAUUACCGAGAGUCUAACCGUUGACAUUGAGAUGCUGUGUAGCUGUCCAUGUGAGCUACCAGGCAAUCCGGAGUACAAGGAGUAUGCCGAAGAGUGCAGUGGCGUUGGAACGUACAAAUGCGGCGUUUGUGACUGUGAUGAGUUCCACCAUGGACACAAAUGCGAGUGUUCGGCGACGGAUAUUCACACCGAGGCCGGAUUUGCCGAUGCUUGUCGUCAAACAAAUACCUCGAUCGAGUGUAGCGGACGGGGCCAAUGCGUCUGUGGAGUUUGUGACUGUGACAAGCGAGCAAAUCAUGAUGAGGUAAUCUCAGGAAGGUUCUGUGAGUGCGACAAUUUCUCGUGUGAUCGUCACAAUGGACUGUUGUGUUCAGGACCGAAACAGGGUACUUGCUCCUGUGGAGAGUGUAUUUGUGCCGAAGGCUGGACCGGAGCUGCCUGCGAUUGUAAGGCCACCAACGAUAGCUGUAUUCCUCCGAGCGGUGGGGAAAUUUGUUCCGGUCAUGGAACUUGUGAGUGCGGAAGUUGCAGGUGCAAGAUAACAGAAGAAGGUCGCUAUUCUGGUCGGUUCUGCGAGAAGUGUCCCACCUGUUCUGGACGGUGUAACGAAUUCAAACACUGCGUCCAAUGUCAGCAAUACAAAACCGGUCCCCUGGCGGAGCCGUCCGAUUGUGCAGCGAACUGUACUCUGUUCACGCCAAUUCCUGUGCAGAAGGUAGAGGUCGACGAGGAGAAGGAUGACAACAAGUGUACCUUCUUCGAUGAGGAUGACUGCCGGUAUGAGUUUUCCUACAACGACAGUGGCGAGCAAGUCGUCGUGAAGGCCCAGGAGGAACGCGAAUGUCCUCCGAAGGUGUUCAUGCUAGGAAUCGUGCUGGCUGUAAUUGCUGCGGUAGUUCUGAUUGGUUUGGCGGUCCUUCUACUCUGGAAGCUGCUGACUACCAUUCAUGAUCGCCGAGAGUUUGCACGUUUCGAAAAAGAACGAAUGAUGGCCAAGUGGGAUACGGGCGAGAAUCCCAUCUACAAGCAGGCGACAACGACCUUCAAGAACCCUACAUACGCCGGCAAAUAAGCAAUCGGUUAACGCAUGUGCCUAAAACGUUUUCUUGGAAUACAGCUUUGGAUUUAAACACAACUUCCGAUUUGUGUUAAAACCCAAACUGUCAUUCUUGCCUGAUUUAAAUUGACUAAUUCUACGGAGACAAGGCUUCCAGAAACGCCAGCAGUGUCACAACAAAAAUACUAGUCCUCGAAUUCGUUAAACUUCCAUGGCCCGUAAACGGUGGGCUUUACAUCAACGUGGAAAACGCGCUACGGAAGCCAGUUUUUUCUUUUCAGUUUUUGGAUUGUUGGCUAAACACAGACGACGUCAAUAAAAGCCUUACAAAAAGUGCAUUCAGUAGAUCAGCAGAUAAAAUUAUUGUGCUAGACAAUUUGGAGUUAGUUGUAAUUCGUAAAACGUAAACAGAUGGCCUUUUUUAUUAACCGAAAGUCAGAAUUCUAGGCGAUAGCUUACUACUGCUAUACUUAAGUGUACUUACGUGAAGCGAUAGAAGAAGCAACACUUUUACAAACAAAGCCAAAAUUUACUAAGCAAUAGUUGAGCGGGGAAUGAAACACGAGUUUUUAGAUUAAGCAUGAGUUUGCUGCCAUUUUUAUUUAACUUAAAUCGAAACGUGCAUGUAAAGGAGUUUUUUGUAUUGUAACAAAAAAAAACCUGUCGACAAAAGACGACUCGAACGAACGUGUAUUCGAUUGAUUUCAACAAACACAAAAUUGUCUGUAUUAACAUUGGUAUACACUACUGAAAAAAGAAUUGAUAAUCUAUAACCGUAUUAACAACAUGAAUUUAUGUGUCAAAUUUUCUUUAGAGAUAUAGUUUUAGUAGAACGAGAACAUAACGCAAGCUUCAGUGGAUUAAUUUAUUUUUAGGUGUGUGAACUUUCGAGUUUCCUAACAUUGAAAGCAAUAGUCUACUUCAUCCAAUCAAAUUUCAUGUUAUUAUUUAGUUGAAAUUUGUAAAUAAUUUAUUUUCGGAUUCCCGCGGAGGGAUUUUAUCUGUGCAAAUCAAAACAACAGUACGUAUUAUAAACAUUUAAAAAUUAAUCAUACAUGUGUACGAAACUAGCCGAUGGUAGAUGACAGUAUAUUUUUAUUGUAGUUGAAUAGAGCUAUAAUUUUAACAAUCCGA